AUGCCUCGUGACGGAUCCGGCCGCUCCCACAACGCCAUCGAGGAAGGCGACGACCUCCAGACUAGGGCUCACGGCACCGGCGGCGACAAGGCAUGUCUCUUUUACCCAUCUCCCACCUCUCACCCACAGUUCACCUCUCACUCUCACAGCCCACGUUUUGACGCCGAGCUCGAGCACACCAAACAUGUCGCUCCGGCGCCGGACCAUGAGAAGGGCGGGGUGAUCGAGGGUAUGGGAGCGGGUGGGCAGAGGGAGGAGCCCAAAGUUGGGAAUCGGGGGAAGGGUGGGGCGCAUGAGCCGUUGGUUGAUAGGAUCACCUAG